ACCACUGAAAUAUUAAAUACUCUCGCAGAAACAGUAAUUUUUCGAAAGAAAAUGUAGAAUUUCCUGGGUUGCGACGCGUUUCAGACUGUAUUUUAUAAAUACCAUCAGUGUAUUGAAAAUGUAGAUUUCAUUCUGUGAAACAUAUAAAAUGUAAGAAUUAUAAUCUGUGUAAUAUCCAUCCUAACAUGGAUAAUCAAAUUUUAAGUAUGAACAUAAUGCGUAAAUUACGAGGGGGUACCAGUGUAGGAGGAAUGGGUUCUAGCAGUGCUGGCAGUUUAGAUGAUUGUGUGGGAACUACAAAUCCUCAACAUACUGCUUUGGGUCUUAUGCAUCUUAAGAAACUAUUUUCUGAAUAUACCCAUCCUCUGCAUCCCCUCUCAGAUGCUGAACGUGACGAUAAAUUAUAUAAUAUGUUGCCAUUAUUUUGCAAAGUAUUUGGAUCUAGUCCAGCUGGUGAUAUGAGUGAGAAGUUUUGGGAUAUCUUGGCAUUUACGCAACAAGUGUCUAGAUUAAUGGUAUUCGAAAUUAGAAGGAGGGCAAGUAAUCAGAGUACUGAAACAGCAAGUUGUGCCAUUGUAAAAUUUUUAGAAAUUGAAAAUAGCGAGGAAUCAAGCAAUGGAUGGAUGUUAUUAUCUGCAUUAAACUUGCUUGCAGCUGGUGAUACUUCUCUAAUACAGGCAAUGACUACUGCUUCUGUUCCAUCAACAUUAGUAAAAUGUUUGUAUUUAUUCUUUGAUCUGCCUGAAAUGAUAGAAGAUGAAGCUGAUAUUACAGAUACGAAUAGCGAAUUUACUCCAAAGCAACGUAGAAUAUUGUUACAGAAAAUAUUUGUUCAACUAUUGGUGAGAUUAUGUAGUCAUCUUUACCCAGCAGAAGAACUCGCUCGUAAAGACGACCUCACUUUACUAUUCUCGGCAAUAACUAGUUGGUGUCCCCACUAUAACGUGAUGUGGCGUAAAAGCGCAGCAGAAGUAUUAAUGACCUUAUCCCGACAUGGACUUACCCAGAAUGUAGUGACCUAUAUCCACUGUAAAGGAUGUAUAGCGCUUUGUGUCGAUAAUAUGCAACGAGUACCUGAGCUGGCACCAUUGGAAGUAGUAGAAAUGUUUGUCACAGUAUUUUGUUUCUUAAAAGAUUCUAGCGAAGUUUCUCAAACGCUUCUGGAUGAUUUUCGGUCGUGUCAAGGAUACAUCUUUCUCUCAGAAUUUUUAUUAAAACACGCUCCGUCGAGAUUAGAACAAGAUAGUAGAGCAGAAGCACAAGAUGCCAUUCGGAAUUUAGUUCUUAUGCUAGCAUCUUUAACGAUGUGUGGUCAUACAGAAUUGAAGCCGAGUCAAGCUAGUAUGGGAUCUUUAUUUCAGAUGCUUGGCUUCACUUUACCUCAACCAAGUAAUAGAGGAGGAAGUGUUCGAAAUAUUCAAGCAUUUCAAGUAUUACAGUCUGUAUUUCUAAAGUCUAAUUCACCACUUUUAUGUUGUACCAUUCUUGAUGCAAUAUCUAGCGUAUAUCACAGUGACAAUGCCAAUUAUUUUAUACUGGAGGGACAAAACACGUUGUCCCAGUUCGCAGAAAAGAUUCAUUUGAAAAAUAGAGAGAUACAAGAGAAGUUUUUUCAGUUACUGGAAUUUAUAGUGUUUCAACUUAAUUUCGUGCCUUGUAAGGAACUUAUAUCUUUAUCUCUACUACUUAAAACAAAUAAUUCAACUAGUUGCAGUAUCUUGUGCAUGGAAACGCUGCUUAAUAUACUCAGACAUAACAAUAUAUUUAAAGAUGUGUACAGAGAAGUAGGUAUGUUAGAAGUAUUUGUUACGUGUCUUCACCGUUACGCAACUUUACUUAAGGAUAAGCAAGCUGCGCAAGAUCAAGGAUUAGAAUACAAAAUAUGCCCAGAAGAUGAACGGUUGGGUGCCUUAGUAAUGGAAGCUUUGACGACGCUAUUAGCGGGCAACGUUCAAAAUGCUAAUGUUUUCAGAGAGUGCAGUGGAGCACGUUGUGCCCAUAAUCUCGUACCCUAUACGGAUUGUCGAUAUCAAGCCCUUGGCAUUGUUAGAGAAUUAAUACUUAGCGCAGGGGGAGACGAUGACAUGGCUACAUUACUAGGCGUCAUGCAUUCAGCACCUUCCAAUGCCUUAAUCUUAAAGACACAUAUAUUAAAAUCUUUAUUGGCUUGCUUACGGGAAUCUCACCGAACUAGAACUGUUUUUCGGAAAGUGGGAGGUUUUGUCUACGUGAUGUCCGUUUUAGUGUCUUUGGAGGGUCAGUUGGGCACUCAAAGAUCGGAGGGUAUCGAACCUUGCAACGAUGUAAUAAAGAGAACACCGCAGGAAGAAGCACAGUUACUGACACUUUUGCACGUUGUAUUUCACACAAUAAGUACAGCCAUGAGAUUUGAACCGGCGAACGCAAAAUUUUUCCAUCACGAGAUAUGCCAAUCAAGUUUGUGCGACACUUUGCGACUUCUCGGAUGUUUUUCGACGCAAACGAAGCUUACUGAAAUAGAUCUAAUUCCAACUGCAAAUUACCACAAUAUGUUAUUAUUGCUCUUUACCGGAAGCGUAUUAGAACCCGUAUUUCCAGAUGCCAUGCCAAAGACGCUCGCAUACGCAUGUUUAUUACUACGUCUUCUGUACGAUGUAGCACUUGACUCUUUUGAUAAGCCAAAUUUGGCAGGUUUAGGAACGAGAUCGCCAAGCCAUAAACAAAAUAGCGUCGAGCAACAAAAAUCCUUCGAUUCUCCGGGUAGUGGAAAGAGAACUGUUAUAAAUUCUUUAAAUCUGAAUCCUCCCGCUCCAGAACCGAUAGUAGUACAUCCUGGCAUAGUUGUCGGAAUGUUGCACUUGCUUCCAUCAAUCUCGGAAGCAACCAAUCUGCAAAUGGCCCUAGCUUUGCAAUUGUACGUAGCAGAAAUUAUUAAAAGCCUGGUGCGUUCGGAAAGAAAUCAACAAAUUAUGUGCGAGGCUGGGAUGGCCGGUGAAUUGUUAUUAGUAGGUAGAAUUGCGUUGCAAGACGAAACACAUCCUCUCCACCAACCAUUACAGUAUAUAAUAGAAAGACUCGCCGCACAAUCUUUAGAGCCACGCGACUUAAGAGAAUUUUUACGUUUGGGCGAUCCAUUAUGUUGUAUAUCGCUCGAUGACAUUGAACCAAAUAAACCUAGAGGUGGACCCGUGCCACUGACUCGUAUUAAAACAUUAGUGUCGAUGACGACACCAAAGGAUUUUCGUGCGCAUGGUUCUUGUACUUUGCCACCUUUUGUAGAACUUGAUAUGAGUGCAGAAGGAUUUGCAUGUUUAUAUUUACCGAGUGUUGCACCUCAAAGUACAACCCCACCUACGGUAGUGGCUGCUGACAGUAGCGUACUUGGUGGAAUCGGUUCGGGUGACAGAUUGUUUCCUCCACAAACUGGAUUAACUUAUAGUACGUGGAUAUCUGUUGAUAAGUUUAGCGAUUCAAGAACUGAUCCUCACUGUGUAAGAUUGCUGACCUUAGUGCGUACACCGCAAUCGGCGAGAGAUUUAAUCUGUUUGACUGCAGUUCUUAGCGCCAGAGAUAAAGCUAUUAUUGUAUCUACGCAAGAAACACCGAUGCCGCAAAAUGUAGGCGAAUGGGAACCAGAAGGAACUGGCGAAUGUGGCGCAAGAGUCUGGUGUCCUGAUUUACUUCACGAAGGGCAAUGGCAUCACAUAGCUAUAGUAUUAAACCGUGCUGUAUUAAAAAAUUCAAGUUUCUCGUUGUAUCUGGAUGGUCAACAUAUUCACAGCCAGAAGCUUCAUUAUAUUACACAAGUUCCUGGGGGAGGAGCGGCAAAUUUGACUGUAGCAUCACCGGUGUACGGUUAUAUAGGUACACCUCCCUGUUGGCGACGCUAUUCUAGAUUGGCAUGGAAGCAGGGACCGUGUCACUUAGUAGAGGAAGUGUUUAAUUCACAAAGUAUAGCGACACUGUUUAAAUUAGGUCCGCAUUAUAUGGGUAGUCUACAAGCUCCGCAGUUAUCAGUUCAAGAACCUUUAAUGGCUCUUGUUGCGGAAGAGAAAGUUGUAUUUGGAUUAAAUGCUAAAGCGAUGUCUCAAUUAACAUUAGCUAAAAUUAGGAAAGUUUAUAGCCGAGCUGAUAAUAAGUCAAUUGCCAAGCAACUUGGUAUGUCAUCGCACGAAAAUGCCACGCCUAUCAGGGUUCUUCAUAAUUCAUCAGGACAUCUUAGCGGACCAGCGAGAGCACUGGGAGGCGUAGUCGUUGGGUAUCUUGGUGUUCGAGUCUUCAGUCCUCGACCAGUGGCCACAAUGAUUGAUAACGUCGGUGGAUGUUCAGUGUUAUUAGGUCUAAUAGCCAUGGCUCAAGACGUAGAAUCUCUGUACGCGGCUGUUAAAGCAUUAGUUUGCGUCGUGAGAUCUAAUCAAGCAGCUCAACAAGAAAUGGACCGUCGAAGAGGAUAUCAAACAUUAGCAAUGUUGCUGCGAAGGAAAUGCCCUCUUUUAAACAGUCACAUUUUGCAUCUCACGUUUAGCCUGGUCGGGACGGUCGACAGUGGCAGAGAAACUAGCGCAAUACCCAACGUUACAGCAUUCCAAGAUCUUUUAUGUGAUUUACAAGUUUGGCACGAAGCACCAGGAGAACUGUUAAGAUCGCUGUUGGAACAUUUGUACGAAUUGAUCGCAGAAUCGAGCGAGAAAAGAACAAAUUUACGUUUGAUGAGGGAUUUGCAAUUGGUGCACAAACUGUUGCACAUCUUGAGCGAUGUAAAGCAAAGUACUACACGGCAAAUUUUACUUGCCUUGCUCAGUAUUUUACUAAGUCAACCGAGACAGGCUGAUUUACUUUGGUUUGGUCAGUUCAUUGUAGCUACGUUGCCUCAAUGCUCGGAAAAGCAUUUAAUCCUUCGCGAAAGCGAAGGGAAUAAAGAAGGGGAAGGGGAACAUAUACUUUUGCGAAAUCGUUGUUUGCAACUUUUGCAUUCUUUGCUGUUUAAUGGUCCAAAACCGAAUGUAAAUAUGUGCGAAGAAUUAUCCAAAGUGUUAGGUUUGGAUUGGAUAUUACUGUUUCUUCAAUCUGGCCUUCAUAGUACGACAGUGAUAUGGGGAUUACGAAUUUUGGUAGCUGUUUGUUCCGUACAACCGAUAUUACAAAAGUUUAAAGAAGGAACCAGCAACGGUAGUUGGCUGCGCCAUACGGAUCACAACAAGAUGGCACUAGCACUUGGUUGUCACCAACAAAUGUCAGGUGGAGAGAAUAAACCAUCCGGUCUUCAUGUACCAGGAUUUCAACAUUUGGGAUGGCUAUUACCGCAGCACGUAGACCUUGUCCCAGAGCUGUACUUUCUUUUCAUCGCUCUUAUGAUGGGACAACCAGUGAAAUUAUUGCCCACGGAUUCGAAGGUCAUAUUAAAACUUGAUUUGGACAAUGUUUGGAACUUCCUGUUUGGUGUCCCAGCAAACCACACUCUAUCCACAUUUGCGAGUAGAAUUAAUCUUUGCCCCGAAGCCGUAGUUACUCUGUUAGCUAUGGUUCGAACAAUGCUGAAUAAUUACUCGAUUAAUCCUGAAUCCCUGCCAGACUGGUUAAGCGACUAUCCAGUGACAAUAAUACAGUUCCUGUUCUUCCUCUAUCAUAAUUUUACGGAUUUCAUGCAAGUGUUUAUGUCUGCGGAAGUAUUGGGCGCGUUGGCUGGUACUUUGUUUCCAAAGCCUGCAAGCUCUAGUCAAGAUAGCAGUGGAGCUAGUACACCAGCGGACGAGCAAGAACCGGUAUUAGUGAGAUCCCCAUCAAAGGAUAUCGGUUUGACCAAUCAUCCAGCAAAGAAGUUCGUCAUGGACUUUUUACGAGUAAUCGUGGUAGACUCUCUGUCUCUACCGGUCACUGCGAAAUCCGCACCAGCUAUUGAUUUGGUUUUGGAAGCGUGGCCAGAGCAUGCAUCUACAGGACAGCAAACACGCUAUCAAACGGAGAUUCUAUCUAUUCUAAUGGAGCAUCUGUUAGCUGCCGAUGUAUUAAUUGGAGAACAAGCAGCGUUACCUGUAGUUCCUGGAGGAUCAGUCAAUAAUAUAACUAACAAUGUAUGUUAUGUCGCAGCCAGAAUAGUAGAUAAAUUGUGGCAAGGUGCUUUGACAAAAGAUCCGCACGAAGUGUUCGAUUUCAUUGUCAAACUAAUCGGACAAGCAAAAAGACGGCCUGGUGUCGUCAGUAUGGAAGGCCUUCAUCAUUGUCUGAACAGAACAACACUAUUUUUGCUAUCACGACCAACAGAUUCAAUAGCCGAUCAAAUGGCUGUAUUAGAAGCAUUGCAUAAGCUCACGACUCACAGAUUAUUGGUCUUCGGCGCUGGUAAUCAUGAGUUGGAAUUCAUUGGUUGUUUGUCUUACUGUCUGCUGCAAUUGACAACCGACGUGAAAAUCGUGCUCGAUAAUAUAAAAACGUCGUGGCACAUACAUCCGCAAGUCGAAGCCAGCGAUGAUAGGCUGACUUCCCAUCAAGGCCAUAACUUGAUGGUUGUAGCCGCGACAAGAGUUUGGGAAGAAUUAUACGUAUGCAAAAAGCCCGCUAUAGAAGAAGUUUUCAAGAUUACUCUUUCGGCGCCUGUAGGUAACGAACGUGCCCCCGAAUUAUCGCAAGUGAGAGAUCAAGUGCACGAAGCUGCAACUAGGCUUUGGUUGAAUUAUGUUGUUAUGGAGAGGAAAGCUCUGUACAGGGUCCCUUGGGAACUUCACAAUCAAAUACAAUCGAAAAUUCAAAAGGUAACUGGAGGUUUGACGAGAUUGGCAAGUCGAACGAAAGUCCGUAAAGAGGAAUCUGUACGUGUUAGGUUAAGAUUACACCAGAACACUGUAGCACAAUGGACCGAGCAACACAUUGCAUUGGUCCGCGAGCUUGCCGCGGCAAAACGAUUGCAAUACAUACAGACUAAUCAACACACUCAACGAUACGUGUAUCAAGAAUGGUUGCAAACUGAAACAGAAUUAACGAGGGAACGCGGUUUGUGGGGACCACCGACACCCACCAGACUCGACAAAUGGAUGCUGGACAUGACGGAGGGUCCAUGUAGAAUGAGGAAAAAGAUGAUGAAGAACGAACUCUUUUAUAUACAUUAUCCUUACCGACCCGAAUUAGAACAUCCUGACAACAAACAACUGAAGUAUAAGGUUGCAACGAGUACCGACAGCAAGGAAUAUUACUUGAAACAACUUGGUAAUUCGUCCGGCAUGUUCGAACGAGAACGUGAUCCUGUUAUAGACGACACCCCGUUAAACGUAAAUGAAACUUCUACUGAGAGUGAACCCCCAAUGGUACCGUGUACGCUAGAACGUCAUGCCAGUGAACCGGAUGAAGCAACAGAGGAUAACGAACAAGAAGAGGAAAAUAAUCAGACUGUUCCAGACAAUCAAACUUUGAUACGACUGUUAGAAGAACACGAGAAGAUAAGUCACAUGUUUAGAUGCGCCAGAAUUCAAGGUUUAGACACGACCGAGGGUUUGCUGUUAUUUGGAAAAGAACACUUCUACGUGAUCGAUGGGUUCACAUUGUUGAAGUCCAGAGAAAUAAGGGAUAUAGAAAGUUUACCCGAGGCUUAUGAACCAAUUUUGCCAUCACCGGGAUCACCUAGAAGAUCCAGAGCGAUGAGGCAAUGCUCGAAAUUUAAUUACGAAGAUAUCAGAGAAGUACACAAAAGAAGAUACCUAUUACAACCAAUGGCAUUGGAAGUGUUCAGUGGAGAUGGUAGAAAUUAUUUACUAGCGUUUCCUCGUAAAGUAAGGAACAAAGUUUAUCAGAGAUUCAUGACAUUCGCAACGGCGAUUGCUGACAGUGCCCAACAAUCUGUGGCCGGUCAAAAGAGAACAGCGAACGUGGAGCAGGCCACAGGACUACUUUCAAAUCUAAUUGGCGAGACUUCGGUUACCCAACGAUGGGUGAGAGGCGAGAUAUCUAACUUCCAGUACUUGAUGCAUCUCAAUACUUUAGCUGGUCGUAGUUAUAACGAUUUGAUGCAGUACCCAAUAUUUCCGUGGAUUUUAGCAGACUAUGAUAGCGAAGAAUUGGAUCUCACUGAUUCAGCAACGUUUCGAGACUUCAGUAAACCUAUGGGCGCACAAAGUCCAGAACGAUUAUUACAGUUCAAAAAACGAUACAAAGAAUGGGACGAUCCGCACGGGGAAACGCCUCCUUAUCAUUAUGGAACACAUUACUCUUCCGCGAUGAUAGUAUGUUCUUAUUUGGUGAGGAUGGAACCGUUCACGCAACAUUUUCUUAGGUUACAGGGUGGACAUUUUGAUCUGGCGGACAGAAUGUUUAAUAGCAUAAAGGAAGCUUGGCUUUCCGCGUCUAAACAUAAUAUGGCCGAUGUGAAGGAGCUUAUACCGGAGUUCUUUUAUCUUUCCGAAUUUCUCGUCAACUCGAAUCAUUUUGACUUAGGUUCUAAACAGAGCGGCGUACAAUUGGGAGACAUUGUACUUCCGCCAUGGGCAAAGCAGGAUCCGCGUGAAUUCAUACGAGCGCAUCGACUUGCUUUGGAAUGCGAUUAUGUGUCGCAACACCUUCACCAAUGGAUCGAUUUGAUAUUCGGUUGUAAACAAAACGGUCCUGCCGCGGUUGAAGCUGUUAACGUGUUUCAUCACUUAUUCUACGAGGGCAAUGUUGAUAUUUACAAUAUCGAUGACCCUUUAAAGAAAAAUGCUACUAUCGGGUUUAUUAAUAAUUUUGGCCAAAUACCGAAGCAACUGUUUAAAAAACCGCAUCCAGCUAAGAAGAUGACCCAAAGGACUAGCGUUAUCGAUCCUGGACCAAUCACACCUGGUUUAAGCAUAACCACGUCCGACAAACUAUUCUUCCAUAAUCUUGACAAUUUGAAGCCGUCGCUUCAGCCUAUCAAAGAAUUAAAGGGUCCGGUCGGACAAAUACUUCAUAUCGACAAAGCAGUAUUGGCCGUUGAACAAAACAAAACGCUGAUUCCUCCGACGUAUAACAAAUACGUUGCAUGGGGGUUCGCCGAUCACUCUCUUAGAAUAGGAAACUAUGAUAGCGACAAAGCGAUAUUUGUCUGCGAGGCCAUGAUGCAAAAUAGCGGAGAGAUAGUUGCUUGUGUUUGUCCGUCUUCCAAAUUGAUAGUAACUGCUGGCACAAGCUCCGUUGUAACGGUUUGGGAAUAUACCAAGAGACAACUUUCUAUCAAACAAUGUCUGUACGGUCACACAGACGCGGUUACGUGUUUGUCAUCAAGUCCAGCGUAUAACGUGAUAGUGUCAGGAUCUCGAGACGGCACAGCAAUUAUAUGGGACUUAUCUCGAUGUCUGUUUGUUCGUCAACUUAGGGGACACGCCGGACCGGUGGCUGCAGUAGCUAUAAAUGAAUUAACAGGAGACAUAGCUACAUGCGCAGCCACGUGGUUGCACGUAUGGAGUAUCAACGGCGAAGAGCUAGCAAGCGUUAAUACGUGCGUGGGCCGAGCAGACAGGAUGCAACAAAUUUUGUGCGUCGCGUUUAGUCAGACACACGAAUGGGACUCGCAGAAUGUUAUUAUGACAGGAUCCACCGAUGGCGUGGCUCGUAUGUGGUCGAUGGAUUACGUGCAAGUGCCUGCAGAGGAAGAGAAACCGGAGGAGGUUGCAACCGCGAAGGAGAAGAACACGAAGUUGAACAAAAAUGAAAAUCAGAACGAAACUACGAAGAAACGAGUGCACGAAUUAGUUAAACAGAUGAGCAUUUCUGCCGAAGGAUCAGCUAUGCUUGCAAAAAGCGGCUCGGAGAGCAGUCUCUCCGAACCCGAGACUUCUAAAGAAGCAUCGAGAUUACACGAGGAGAAAGAAGAAUGCUCGGACAAUGAGUCGAGCAACGGUUCCAGUAGCAAACCAUCGCCCCAGAACAACAACACAUCCACCGUUGUGCUUCGAAGAAAAAGUCGUGGAAAUCCAAUGUUUCGAAAAAGUGAGGGCGGUGGACGCGCGGACAGCGAGGGCACACAAACGAGCGAGUCGUCCAACAAUAUCGGGGAUUCUGAGGGGGCAUUACGGGCUAGUAAAAGCGACACAAGCUUAACGGACAGUUUCGUCAUGGUCUCCGAAGCUGACACAAAACCUAAAAGAAUUAAUCCACAAAAUAUUUUAAGAGACGGUUUUAAGUGGCAACGGCAAUUAGUGUUUAGAAGCAAAUUAACGAUGCACACCGCGUACGACCGUAAGGAUAAUACAGAACCAGCGUCUAUAACAGCUCUCGCGGUGUCAAGAGAUCAUCGAACGGUGUACGUGGGGGAUACGAGAGGAAGAGUAUUUUCGUGGAGCGUGUGCGAGCAACCAGGACGCACGGUUGCCGAUCACUGGCUCAAAGAUGAAGGAGCAGAUUGUUGUGUUGGUUGUGGAGUUAGAUUUAAUCUUUAUGAAAGAAGACAUCAUUGUCGCAACUGUGGACAAGUCUUCUGUUCAAAAUGCAGCCGAUUUGAAUCGAAAAUAUCGAGACUCGGAAUUUUAAAGCCUGUUAGAGUUUGUCAAGGUUGUUAUUCGUCAUUACGCUCUCAACAUUCCGCCGAGAGCAGCGCUUAAUGUAACAGUAUAUUAUACAGU